AUGCGCCUGGAAGGAAAACAAAUUCAGCUAAGAAACACAAUUAAACUGGGAACAUGGAACGUCCUUUUCUCUGGAAAUGAAGAGGGAUACAGCCACGGAGUAGAAGUCAUUCUCUCCGAAGAAACAAAGAAAGCUCUUAUUGGCUAUAGCCCUAUAAAUGACAGAAUUCAAGCUAAAUCAAACAAUGUCUCUUUCAUCCAAUGCUAUGCGCCAACUACCGCAGCUAGUGAUGAAGAAACAGAGAACAUUUAUAACACUCUUCGGGAAAUUAUUGACACCAUCCCAAAUAGGGAUGUCAAACUAGUAAUGGGAGACUUUAAACGCCAAGUGGGCAAACAAGAUACUCCAAGAAAACCUGUAUCCAGAUUGAUUACAUCUUAUUUAGUGAAAAAAGGAGGAAGCAGCGUGAAAAAUGUAAGAACAAGGCCAGGUGCAGACUGCAACAGUGACCACCAACUUCUAACCGCAGAUGUCAAAUUCAAUCUCAAAAAAAUGGAAUCAACCUUCCCACCAGAUGAGACUUGCCUAUCAAACCUUAAACGCAGAAUAUGA